AACCCCGGGUACGUCACCGCGAAUAGCCAAUUCUAUCGGGGUCAGGUCAUACAUACUGAUGAGCAUCUCACCAUUCAUUUAAACUCCGGUGGUCCGCCAGAUCACCAGUCAAAAGACGCGCAGACAGUUAGCUGGUGGUUUCAAGAAGUGUUCUCGAGAGCGACGCACACAUCGCCAUUUUCAACAUGCGAGGCAGAACGGACGUCUUCGCCCUCCUACUAGCAGUAGUUGUGGCCAGCCAGCUGAGUCUUACAUGCUGCAAGCCUGUUGCAGACUUGGAAAGAAAUGGCGUAGCCUCCAACCACCACCGGAAAGGACAAGACGUCUGGCAGUGGCGGGUGGAGCGGAUCUUGAGACGAAUUGAGCGGGUUCUGGACGAGGAUGACUACCCAUCGGACGAGGAAGCCCUUGGCGAACAGGCCCCCGCCGAAGACCACCUCUACGGCUGGGUCGAGCCCUCAGAAGUGGAGCUCCCGUCCAAGCCUUUCGGCCAGGCCAUCCGAGACCUGCUCCCGAAAACGGCCGAGGACGAGCCGGACUUUACCGAAGACUGGUACUCGGCGCUGGCGGACAGCAUGAACUGGGACUUCGACGAGUCUGAUUCAGCGAAGGACAACAGGGCAAACGAUGUCCUGCACUCCAGGAAGCAUCACAAAUGAAGGACGUUGCUAGGCGACACGGUGACGACAUCAACAAAAUCUUGAGUGGUUGGCUGUAUCGUGAGGCGUAACAGGUGGUCUUAAAGAGAUUGGACAGCAAAGAGACGAGAAAUACACUUCCGAAAUGAGACAUAUUUUUUCUUAUCUCGAAAAAGUUACGAUUAACACAAUCUGCGACUUAACAGUACUGAUCUAUUGUUGUGUGUCUCUCCAAACACUAUCCCCUGAACAACCUGGGAUACAUAUCAUUGACAUUGAAGUUAUCAUCGAUCAACUUUCCCUGUUUCUUGUACCCUUCAUGGCCCUUCAGAUGAAUACGUCCAUUCAAACUUGUAUCUCACAAGAUCUGUAUAUACAGUAGUAGGAACAUUGAAUUUGAAAACAUACAGAUGAGUCCUUGCUUUUUAGGCCAGGCAUGUUCUCAUGUUACAUGUAUCUGCUGUAAAUGUCAUCUAUAAUGCACAUGAAGGUAUAUCAUGACUGACACUUUAUUCU